GCCCCCGAUCUGCGACCGCCCAAAACCUUUGGUUCUCGAAAAACCGUGCUGAAGUUUGAAGAAGGAAUCCUCCAUUUCAGUAACUUGUUGAAGAAGGAGAACGGAAGAGUUGGAAAUGGCGGCGAAGGAACAAUUCGAAGAGGAGGAGAAGAAAAGGAAGGGAAACUUUUGGAUAUGGAUGGUAUUGUCAGUGAUUUUUAGGAUCGUUAUGAUAUAUUUUCCCAAUCUGAAUCUGUCCUCUCGCCCCGAAGUCUCCACACCUCUAACCAGCAUUCAUCGACUAGCUGAGGGCUAUUGGUUAAAGCAGUCGUCAAUGUCUCCCUAUGCAGGAUCUAUGUACCAUGGCUCUCCUCUGUUACUGUCUCUUCUAGGGCCACUGACUGUCAGAAGAAUUGAAGGGCAACCAGACCAUCUUUUAUGCAGUUUUGCUUUUGUGGUUGCAGAUGUUCUGAGUGCAUUGCUUAUUCGUGCAGUCGGUCAGAAUCUUCAGAGGGCAUAUUAUCGGAAUUUGAGAUUGCUGAAGGUUAACCUAUCAAAAAACUCAGAGUUCUUCCCAGCUGGAGAUAUUGCUUCUCUUGUGUACCUGUGGAAUCCUUUCACAAUUGUUGCAUGUGUGGGUUUGUCCACAUCUCCAAUCGAAAAUCUAGCCAUUGUGCUUACGCUCUAUGGAGCAUCUAAAGGACAAGUUCCAUUGGCUGCUUUUGGAUUUGUGGUGGCGACUCAUCUAUCUCUUUAUCCUAUAAUUCUUAUAAUUCCGGUAGUCCUUCUACUAGGUAAUGGCUUAGAUGCUCCUCCUAGGAAAUUGUUCUUGCAAAGGAGUAGUAGUAGAGUUGUUGUGGGACCUUCACGUGAUAGCUGUAGCCAGCAGGAGGAAGUGAUCAAUCAGUCUGAAGUACCAAAUGGUUUCUCAUUGAGACCAGUCAUGUAUUUCUUAUUAUGGGUUUCUUUAUUUUCUGUGUAUCUGCUGCUUCUCUGUGGCGUAUCUCUUAAACAAUUUGGUGGACUCUGGGAGAUGUUUAGAAGGUAUGGAUUUUUUAUUUAGAACUUUCUGCCAUAUAUUUAUUAAUGUACCCGUUGACACUUCGCAUUUCUCAUACCAAAAUGAACAUAUGCCUACUUCACCCAGUACACAAGUGCGAUU